AUGACUGCAGACGACAAUAACACCGUUUGCUCCAACAGCUCCAGCUUUAUGAACCUGGAUGACAUUGACGUCUCAGCAGACGGCAGCCCGUUUCUCCGAGUCCUCAUCUGCUUCAUUUACUCCCUGGUGUGCGCCGCGGGUCUCGUGGGCAACCUUCUGGUCUUCUUCCUCCUACACAGAGCUAAACCCGAGCGCAAGAUGUCACGGAUGAACUUUUUCGUGCUGAACUUGGCGCUGACGGACUUGCUGUUCGUGCUGACGCUGCCCUUCUGGGCCGUGGACACGGCGCUGGACUUCAGCUGGCCCUUCGGGGACGUCAUGUGCAAAGUGGUGCUGUCCGUCACGGUGAUGAACAUGUACGCUAGCGUCUUCUUCCUCACGGCCAUGAGCGUCACCAGGUACUUGUCGCUCGCGUCGGCGCUCAAGCGCACGGACGCGCCCGGGUCCCGUUCCGACAAAUGGACCUGCGCCGUCAUUUGGAUCCUCGCCACCGUGGCCACUUUACCGACGUCCAUUUUCAGCACCGUGAGUUACGUCACCGGGGAAAAGCUGUGUUUGCUCAAGUUCCCCGGCGGGCAGGACUGGCUGGCAGUGUACCACAUCCACAAGAUCCUCGUGGGCUUUGUGGUGCCCAUUUCCGUGGUGUCAGUCAGCUACACGAAGCUUGUGUGCCUGAUCCACACGAAGAGCAUGAAGAGGAGCUCGAAGGUCACCAGGUCCGUCACCAUCCUCGUGCUGGCCUUCUUUAUUUGUUGGAUGCCCAACCACGCCGUCACUCUGUGGAGUGUUCUGGUCAAACUGGACGCAGCCAACUGGGACAGGGCCUAUUAUGUGGCGCACACGUACGUGUUCCCACUCACCGUGUGUUUAGCCCACGCCAACAGCUGCCUCAACCCCAUCAUCUAUUGCCUCAUGAGACCCGAAUUCAGGACCAGACUCGGGCUUCUCAUGCACAGGCCUGGACACACUGCAGAUGUUUAG